AUGCCCGCAGAUUUCGACAAACAAAGUUACUGGGGCGAGCGCUUCGCAUCCGAGACCAAUUUUGAGUGGUUAACCUCGUCUGCGACCUUCAUGUCGAUCGUGGACCCAUGUCUCACCAAUCUGGACGACUCGGCUCGCAUCUUGCAGCUAGGUUUCGGAACGAGCGACCUGCAGAACCAUAUCCGGGCAAGAGGCUUUCAAAACAUUACCAACGUUGACUUCGAGCCUCGAGCCAUUGAUCGCGGCCGUAUGCUAGAAAAGCAAGUAUUUGGUGACGUGAGAAUGCGCUACCUUGUUGCAGAUGCCACGCAGCUCCAGCUCGGAGAGACGUACGAUCUGAUCAUCGACAAAAGCACUGUGGACGCAAUUUCCUGUGGAGGCGAAGAGUCGGUAUUAAGAAUGGCAGAAGGAGUGGGACGACACUUGACCGACGGGGGCAUCUGGAUCUCGUUGAGUUAUUCCUCCGGCCGCUUCGACGUUGAAAACCUACCUUUCGAUGUUGAGGUUUUUGCGAAGAUCCCUACGCCUAGGCUAAAGCCUACCGACCCCGAUAUCUACCAUUGGUGUUACUUGCUAACGCCAAAGGCUUUGUAA